UUUUUUUUUCUUUCUCUUUAGUAUCUUUUGGUUAUGUAUAUAUGGAUUAUUAUUUUUUUGCUCUGUGGAGCAUGUAUUUAUGGGAUCAGGCACGAAAUGGAGAUAAGCAAAAGACACAAUGCACGCACAAUUGAUAACAUGGAAAGAGAAGUGCUGGAACUUCGAAUAUCACAAAUCAAAGCUCAUAUGGUAUCGCGAUCAAGUUUUACACAUCGAAACAAUAUUAGAUAGUUCUCUUUAUUCAAGCAAAGAUAUGAAUAAACGCUUGUUAUAUUUAUGCAAAUAUAGUUUUAAACGGAUCUAGUUUUGUAGUACAAACUUGUUUUCUAUAUACAGUUACUUUGAAAUACUCAAAAUCAAAAUACAAGUUAAAUACUUAUUUAUUUUAACAAUUUAUAGAUCGAGCUUUCGGAUAGUUGUAAUGGUUAUG